AUGAAUUCGUCACUUCGUUAUCCGUACGUUCGUCGCAGCACUACCCAUGUGGACGGUGCUGCUCUACAGCAUCUUUUAUUGAACGAACGAAUAUGGCGGAAUGCAUUCGCCAAGGGACCCAAAGACGUCGAAUCAGGCAAACAGACGAGAUGGACGACAGUGCUCGGCUACUUGGUCUACGAGAAAUCGCGAAUACACUACCUGAUUCCUAUUAUUCUAUUAUUCGCCUACUCGCUAUUAGGCGGUCUCAUAUUUUGGUCAAUUGAACGCUCACAUGAAGAAGUCCUACUAACGGAUAAGACGGUUUACUGGUACACGUUGUCGAUUUUCUACCUCACCGAGAAUGAGACCCACAAGGCGAUGGCGCUCCGCCCACAAAAUGCCGAGUCGAUGUGGAAACAACAUUUUGAGAGUAAUUUCGGACGAAUUCACGCCCUUCGCAAUUAUACCGAUCAGUUAGCUCUUCGCUGCUGGGAAAUCGGCGUUGAGGGAGCAAAUUCGGGUUGGCAAAGGCCGCUCUAUCGGAAGAAGACAAACAUCACCAAAAAGCCACAGUGCACAACAAACAUUUCUUCCUUCGUGACCACCUACACCACGAUUGGAUACGGUAACAUUACUGCGAAGACAAAACUCGGGCAAGCUGGCCGCUAUGGUACGGUGUACGCAGUGAUUGGCAUCCCUUUGGUGUUGAUGAUUCUGCACAAAUUGGGGCGUUUCUUUCUGCUCGCUCUUGAACAUAUCUGGGAUUUCGUGAUGAGAGGCGCCGAGUAUUUGUGCUUCGUGUCUGGCAGUUCUAGUCGACUGAAACUCACCGAGGAAGAACGCAUCUCCGAAAUGCCGUUGUUACUAGCAUUAGGUGACGUGACGCCGACUAAAAGCGAAGACAUGUUCAUCAUAUUCGGCCUCAUUAUGGUCGGGUUAUCACUGGUAUCCAUGUGCAUCAAUGUGAUACAAGUGAAACUGGAGAAGCUAUUUGAGGAAUUACUCCUAACCCUCAUGGAAGAGUACAGUUCAGAUCCUGAGGGUAGCGAUUUGAAAGGAGGACAUAUUGGUAUGAUCGAAAUGUGGCGAGUAUGGAAGAAGCGCAAAUCACGUCUGCGAAACGGACUUGCACCAGCGAGACAAGCAGCCGGGAAAGCUAGCCAGAAUUUGGCAAAAGUGAUACCAUUCGCAAAGAGGCGGAACCGACAACAUCUGAUCGAGGAACUUCACCAUCGCCUCCGACAAAAACACAAAGCCACCCAAACAGACUUCAUUUUCGGUCCGAUCCUUGAAGAAGCGUGGACAGAAACAAGCGAUGUUGACAGCUACACGACCAGUUGUAGUGUGCCGUACGCUGGGGGUGGUGGUGGCGGCAACUUUUUGUUGGGAACACCGCUAGUGGCUGCACCUUCACGCUGUGAAUCGCGUCCGGUCGUCGUCCAGGCAGAGCACAGCGCUGUCACGACGCCAUCGGUCAACAUCGUUGUCGACCGUUUCAAGUCGGAACACUGGCAUGACGGCGAGAUCUGCUCCUAUCUCAGCUUCACCGAUCAGGUUUCCAGUGGAUUUCGACCCAAGUCGCCGUUGUGCCCGUUUCAUAGGAACGGGAAGACCACGAGGUGCUCUCUCGAGGACUUGUCGACGCAUACAUUGUACAAGCGGCGAGACAGAUACGCCCACGUUCACACCACCGAAAUGAAACGUCUGAUCGCCGAAUUGGACAGUCGAUUACAAGACUGUCGUAUGUUGGCUUCACCACGAUCGUCGUCCCCGAUGAGCUCGUAUGGAUCAUCGAAACGAGGGACCCCAUACCCACCGAAAUUGUAG